UGGCAUGAAGAAGAGGGCAAAAAAACAAAAGAAAAAAAACAAGAAUUGAACUCUCUAAAAGAGAGAGAAAUUGAUAGAGAAAACAGGAAUCGUCUCGUCGAAUUUGAUGGAAAACCACGGCGCCGGCAGUUUGAAGCUAGAAGAUCAGAUUAAGUUCACGAAGCUCUUCAUUAAUGGAGAGUUCGUCGACUCCGUUUCAGGUAAAACAUUCAAGACGUAUGAUCCAAGAACAGGGGAAGCCAUCGCCGAUGUGGCGGAGGGAGACGCUGCCGACGUCGACUUGGCCGUCAAGGCCGCCAGGGAGGCCUUCGACCACGGCAGAUGGCCCCGCAUCACGGCUCACGAACGCGGCAGGCUGAUGAACAAGUUCGCCGACCUCGUGGAGCAGCACGCCGACGAGCUGGCGGUGCUCGACAGCCUCGACGCCGGGAAGCUGCUGAGCAGCGGCAAGGCCAUCGACCUGCCCCACUGCAUUCACAUCCUCCGCUACUACGCCGGCGCCGCCGACAAGAUUCAUGGCGAGACGCUCAAGCUCGGAGGUGAGUACCAGGGGUACACGCUCCUGGAGCCCAUCGGCGUCGUCGGCCACAUCAUCCCGUGGAACUUCCCUUCCACCAUGUUCUUCCUCAAGGUCAGCCCCGCCCUCGCCGCCGGCUGCACCAUGGUCAUCAAACCGGCGGAGCAGACCCCCCUCUCCGCCCUCUACUACGCCCACUUGGCUAAGCAGGCUGGAAUUCCAGACGGAGUGAUCAACGUCGUGAACGGAUUCGGUGCCACCGCCGGCGCAACACUCAGCUCUCACAUGAACGUCGACAAGAUUAGCUUCACGGGUUCGACGGAGACCGGCCGGAAAGUGAUGGAAGCUGCGGCGAAGAGCAACCUGAAGACAGUGUCCCUGGAACUGGGAGGCAAGUCGCCGCUCAUCAUCUUCGACGACGCGGACGUCGACAUGGCCGUCGCCCUCGCCCGCGUCGCCACCUUCUUCAACAAGGGAGAAAUCUGCGUCGCCGGCUCGCGAGUCUACGUUCAAGAAGGCAUUUACGAUGAGUUCGUGGAGAAGGCCGCAGAGGCUGCCAAGAGCUGGAAAACAGGGGACCCUUUUGAUCCCACAGUACAGCAAGGCCCACAGAUCGACAAGAGUCAAUUUGAGAAAGUUCUUAGGUACGUUGAGCUGGGGAAGCAAGAGGGAGCAACACUGGUAACGGGUGGAAAAGCCUGUGGUGAAAAGGGAUUUUAUAUCGAACCCACAAUCUUCACUGAUGUCAAGGAAGACAUGAAGAUUUUCCAAGAUGAAAUUUUUGGGCCAGUCAUGUCCCUCAUGAAGUUCAAGACCAUUGAGGAAGUGAUAGACAAGGCUAACUCAACAAAGUAUGGGUUGGCAGCCGGGGUCGUGACCAAGGACCUGAACAUAGCCAACCGCAUCUCGAGGUCGGUUCGCGCUGGGACGAUUUGGAUCAACUGCUACUUCGCGUUCGACCCGGGCUGUCCGUUCGGUGGGUUCAAGAUGAGUGGGUUCGGGCGGGACUUGGGCAUGCACGCCGUGGAGAAGUACAUGCAGGUGAAGUCUGUGGUGACUCCUCUUUACUCCUCGCCAUGGUUGUGAACUGUUUACAGUGUCUAACCAUGUUGAUAAACUGUCUACUAAAAAAAUAAUUGGGUUUGAUUUGGAUAAUUUGUAAGUGUUACUUAAUUGUUGCCACAGUUUGUAUUGAAAUCACACUCGUAAAAAAAAGUGAUGCUAGUGAGCUUGCGGUUUGCACAUGAGCCCAUUCAUCGCCCGC